CCGUCCUGCCUCCCUCCUCUUCCCAGCUGGGGCUAGGGCUGUGGACAGUGCGGGAACUGGGGGAGGUCAUCAGCGCAAGAGGGGGCGUAGAGGGUGAGUCGUACCCCGCCAGUGGACCCACGGGCUCCGCGACCCCCCAUGUAGACAUUAGGAGCCUCCCUCCCCCUUCUCCCCACAGCCCUCCUCCCACGAGGCUCGUGGGGGCGUCUCGACCCUGCCGGAGGACUCCCCCACGCCGAGAGAGGCAAAGCCCCCAAACAGAGAGCAGGGUGUGGCCCCCACCCUUAGCGCAGGGACUCAGCCCUCCUGCUCUGCCAGCCUCGGGGCUGAGGCCACACUCCUGGCCUCGCGCUCUGGGCUGCCAACUCCCCAGGCCUCCCCAGCCUGAGCAAGUCGCUCCCCAGCAGGCCUGCUCCCUAGUGCUCAGCCGGUGCUGAGCACACACUUGGUGGCCUCUGGCCCAUUCCAGCCCGUGGAGAUCCUGGAGGGAGAUCCUGGCAAGCUCAGCCCCAGGCUGCUCCCUGAGAACAAGCCUGUAAACAGGGCUCCCCAGAAGACUCUGGGCAGCUCUGCCUCUCUGAACCUCAGUCUCCUAAUCUGUGAAAUGGGGAAUAAGAGUCCUUCCCUUGCAGCGUUGCCGGGAGGAUGGGGUGAGUGGGUGAUGCGCAGUGUGGCUCCCUGCACACCUUCCUCCAUAUUAGAGGGAGUGGCUAGGCUAGGUGUCGGAGAAGGGGCAGUGUUUCCCUCGCAAGCUCAAGGUGAGGCAGGCCCCCAACAAUGAAUAACCACGAGAUGAACAGCUACUGACAGGCACUGACCAAGCACUUUCAAGCCUGGUGCUUCCCUUGCCACAUCUGCUUGAAUCCUUUCAACAACCCUGUAAGUUACCUACUCUUAUUAUUCCCAUUUCAGAGAUGAGGAAACUGAGGCUCAGAGAGGUCACAUGGCUUGCCCGAGGCCCCUCAGCCAGUGGGGAAAUUGAGGUCUGGAGGGGAGCUAGGGACUGUGAGAAUGUCCCCUCGCAGCGCCGGCCGCUGAGGGCAGAUGGGCAGGAAGGAAGGGCUGUCCUGGGCUGCAUCAUCACUGGAGGCCCCCCAACACCCCACCCCCGAGGGUGGGGCUGUGAUUAUAGCUCAUUGGUGUGACCCCACAUCCCUGCCCCCUGGGCCACCUGCAGGACGCCGGGCCCUGCCCCUCAGCAGACGCCGGAGAGACAUGAGUAGCAACAAAGAGCAGCGCUCAGCGGUGUUCGUGGUCCUCUUCGCCCUCAUCACCAUCCUCAUCCUCUACAGCUCCAACAGUGCCAAUGAGGUCUUCCAUUACGGCUCCCUGCGGGGCCGCACCCGCAAGCCCAUCAACGUCAGGAAGUGGAGCAUCACGGACGCGUACGUCCCGAUUCUGGGCAACAAGACGCUGCCCUCCCGGUGCCACCAGUGUGUGAUCGUCACCAGCUCUAGCCACCUGCUGGGAACCAAGCUUGGCCCCGAGAUUGAGCGAGCCGAGUGCACAAUCCGCAUGAACGACGCGCCCACCACGGGCUACUCAGCCGACGUAGGCAACAAGACCACCUUCCGUGUGGUCGCCCAUUCCAGCGUGUUCCGUGUGCUGCGGAGGCCCCAGGAGUUUGUCAACCGGACCCCCGAAACCGUGUUCAUCUUCUGGGGGCCCCCGAACAAGAUGCAGAAGCCCCAGGGCAGCCUUGUGCGUGUCAUCCAGCGGGCAGGCCUGGUGUUCCCCAACAUGGAGGCCUAUGCCGUCUCUCCCGGCCGCAUGCGCCAGUUUGACGACCUGUUCCGGGGUGAGACGGGCAAGGACAGGGAGAAGUCCCAUUCGUGGUUGAGCACCGGCUGGUUCACCAUGGUCAUAGCGGUGGAGCUGUGUGACCACGUGCAUGUCUAUGGCAUGGUCCCCCCGGACUACUGCAGCCAGCGGCCCCGCCUCCAGCGCAUGCCCUACCACUACUAUGAGCCCAAGGGGCCGGACGAGUGUGUCACCUACAUCCAGAAUGAGCACAGCCGCAAGGGCAACCACCACCGCUUCAUCACCGAGAAGAGGGUCUUCUCCUCCUGGGCCCAGCUGUACGGGAUCACCUUCUCCCAUCCCUCCUGGACCUAGGCCACCCCGCCUGUGGACCUCCCACGUGGUGGGGGGGAAGGCGGGAGAGACCACUCUC